AUGCCUCCCCCCGGUGUGUGUCUGAAUAUUAUGGAGGCUCGCAGCAAACAAGACGGCUAUGGGAAGAUCACCAGCCCUGAGAGGUUCUUUGGCCAAGACUUCCAGCAGCUGAAGCAGUACUGUCUCAUCAAAGGAGUGCGCUACAUCGACGACAUGUUCCCCCCUGACAAGAGCUCUAUUGGUCAGGGGUUAUUGAGCCCCUCUGACCUGAGCCGUGUGGUGUGGCUGAGACCAGGGAAAAUUGCUGCUAAUCCGUCCUUUGUACUUCAUGGUAUCUCCAGGUUUGACUUUGGUCAAGGAAUACUUGGAGACUGCUGGUUUCUUGCAUCUCUUGGAGCUUUAACAUUCCAGAAUCACAUCUUUGGCCAAGUUGUCCCUCUCGAACAAACAUUUGAUCAGAGCUACUGCGGGAUAUUUCACUUCAGGUUCUGGAGAUUUGGGAGGUGGGUGGAUGUGGUCAUUGAUGACAAGCUGCCUACAAUCAAUGGUGGACUGAUCUUCGUUCACUCGAAAAACCAAAAUGAGUUCUGGCCUGCUCUGCUGGAGAAAGCCUAUGCCAAGGUAUGUGGUUCCUACACCGACAUGAAUGCUGGAACUCCUGCAGAGGCUUUGAUGGAUUUCACUGGUGGCGUCCACAUGUGCAUCCUGCUGUCAGAACCUCCUCCAAACCUGUGGGAGCUGUUGUGCAGAGCUGGUCAGUCCAAAACACUGAUGAGCUGCGGUACGCAUAGAGGAGUAAGUACAAAUGCGACAUCUGCUAACAUUGUGUUACCAAAUGGACUGGUCCAAAGCCAUGCCUACACUGUGACAGGUGUCAAACAGAUGGUGAGUAGAGGGCAGCUGGUAAACCUGGUGCGUUUGUGGAACCCCUGGGGCAGAGGAGAGUGGAACGGAGACUGGAGUGAUCGGUCACCUUUGUGGCAAACUGUGAGUCCUCAAGAUCGAGAAAUGUGUCUUUCAGUAGCUGAUGAUGGCGAGUUCUGGAUGACCCUGGAAGAUUUCUGUAAGUUCUUUGCGGAUCUCGACAUUUGCGGCCUGAGUCCAGACUUUCUUGAUGGAAGCUCUUCUUGUCUCUGGACGACCUCCAUGUAUGAAGGCCGAUGGGUUGCAGGAACCACUGCUGGAGGCUGCAUAAAUAACAGAGACAGUUUCUGGACUAAUCCACAGUUUCGAGUCAAGAUUUCUGGUGAAUACUCAGAGAAAGAGGGUGAAAAAAAUAUCCUGGUGUCUCUCAUUCAAAAGCCUGACAAGAGGAACAGACGUCUGGUGCAAAACCUGCAUAUUGGAUUCACUAUAUUUGAGAUGUCUGAAGAACAGGCAACACAGAGAGGCAAAUUCCCAGCGUCCUUCUUCAACACCCAGGCACCUGUUGGCCAGACUAAAACGUAUUUUAAUGCCCGUGAGGUGAUGGAGUUCAUGAUGCUGAAGCCUGGUGAAUACCUGAUUGUUCCCUCCACCUUCAAUCGCAAUGAGUCAGCCUCCUUCGUCCUGACUAUUCACUCCAAGAUACAGACCCAGUGCUAUGAGAACUCUAAUGACCAAAUGCAUGAAUCAGCUGAAAAGCGCAAGAAGGUCAGGAAUGCACAGGAGGAUGAAAACAAGAAAAACUUUUUCCGUCAGUACUCUGACAAGUAUGAAGAAGUGGAUGCUGAGCAGCUCCAGAGGCUUCUAAAUGAAAAUAUCCUCAAAGGAGACUUGAAAUCUGGAGGCUUCAGCAUUGAUGCAUGUCGCAGCAUGGUUGCUCUGAUGGAUACAUCGAUCACAGGCAAACUGAACGGAGGGGAAUUUGUUCGUCUGUGGAACAAGGUUGUUGCCUACAAGGACAUUUUCUACCUCAUGGAUGUUUCACGAACAGGAACGCUGUCUCUGACUGAGCUGAGGAAUGCAUUCAUAGCUGCAGAAUUCAGGGUCAGUGAUGACAUGCUCAAUCUGAUGGCUCUGCGCUAUGGCGCUUCCUCUGGUCACAUGACACUGGAGAGCUUCAUCAGUCUCAUCCUUCGCCUGGACUGCAUGAACAAAAUCUUCAGAGAGCUGUCUGAUGGAAAAGGCAUGAACCUUCAAGAGUCUGAGAAUUCAGGGUCAGUGAUGACAUGCUCAAUCUGAUGGCUCUGCGCUAUGGCGCUUCCUCUGGUCACAUGACACUGGAGAGCUUCAUCAGUCUCAUCCUUCGCCUGGACUGCAUGAACAAAAUCUUCAGAGAGCUGUCUGAUGGAAAAGGCAUGAACCUUCAAGAGUCUGAG